AUGGAAAAUGCACUGUCGAGCAUCGUCCAAGCUGAAGCCAAAGCUGAAGCCAUAAAGCUGAAGCCAAAGCUGAAGCCAAAGCUGAAGCCAAAGCUGAAGCCAAAGCUGAAGCCAAAGCUGAAGCCAAAGCUGAAGCCAAAGCUGAAGCCAAAGCUGAAGCCAAAGCUGAAGCCAAAGCUGAAGCCAAAGCUGAAGCCAAAGCUGAAGCCAAAGCUGAAGCCAAAGCUGAAGCCAAAGCUGAAGCCAAAGCUGAAGCCAAAGCUGAAGCCAAAGCUGAAGCCAAAGCUGAAGCCAAAGCUGAAGCCAAAGCUGAAGCCAAAACUGAAGCCAAAGCUGAAGCCAAAGCUGAAGCCAAAGCUGAAGCCAAAGCUGAAGCCAAAGCUGAAGCCAAAGCUGAAGCCAAAGCUGAAGCCAAAGCUGAAGCCAAAGCUGAAGCCAAAGCUGAAGCCAAAGCUGAAGCCAAAGCUGAAGCCAAAGAAUGAGGUACUGCGAGAGGGUAUUCAACGGUUGAAGUGGAGUAAGCAGGAAAAAAUAGCGAUGCUGCCAGGAUUGAAUGUGAGGAAUGAGGCCAAGUGGAAACAGAACAGAACCAUUGUUGGGAUUGUCGAAAGUUAA